UUAGUGAAAUAGUUCAGGGUUGCGAUUGACUUGGGAGUGAUCCACUGAGGUUGACUGAAGAGGAAGAUGAAAAGACGCGAUUGGUCUGGUGGUGACGACUUCGUCCAGUCCAACCCCAGAAUCCCCGCAGGAUGGAUAGUGGAGGCGGAGACGCCCCCCAGAUCCGGCUAAAUUGACUAUCCAAUAGAUGGAUUACCCCCGCCGUUUCUGGGACUCCAUUAUUCGGCCUCGGCAGAUAUCUUAGAGGUUUGGACGACCCGUAAAAAUCUAUAGUAUCAUACCCAAGAACAGCUUAGGAACUCUUUAGCUCACUUCCCACGUUUAAACAUCCAUGUGAGAGAGAACCUCACUCACGAUACGGCUUCCCUUCUUCAGCUAGCCCAACUAGAGAAGACGCCAAGCCUUAAACAGAACUAUAGACUUGGCCUUGGGGGGCAGCGGAGACGUUCUCCAACGUUCUCCAACUCGUGCUUCGCAGGGUAUUUACCCGAUAGCGGCCAUAAGUGAGGGUAGUGAUCGCAAGAAUAUCUCGAUAGGAAUUUGAGUGUCGUAUAAGUUCGUCCGAGAGUAGGCUCAUUGUAUGCAGACAUCAUUUCCAGCGUUCCAAUUCACAUCUCAGAAAACCAUCAUUCAAGAUGGCCGACUUCACAGCCCCCCUCCGCGGCGACACCCGCAAAAAAUACGCCAUCGUCGGGACCGGCGGGCGCUCCAUAUUCUUCUACACAGCAAUCGCACGAGACUACUCCUCAACCUCCGUCAUAGUCGGGCUCUGCGACGUAAACCAAACCCGUCUCAACUACGCCAACUCCAAACUCGAGUCCCUAGGCCACAGCUCCGUACCCACAUACCUAGCCACCGAUUUCGACCGUAUGAUCGCAGAGACCAAACCCGACGAAGUAAUCGUAACAACCAUAGACCGAACGCACAAUAUCUACAUAACACGCGCUCUAGAUCUAGGCUGCAACGUGGUAACCGAGAAACCAAUGACAAUCGACGCGCCCCGCUGCCAAUCCAUCUUCGACGCCGUGUCCCGGAACCCAAAGCAACGAGUCCGCGUAACCUUCAACUACCGGUACGCCCCGCACAACACCAAAGUAUACGAACUCCUGCACUCCGGCGCAAUUGGCAAAGUAACAAGCGUGCAUUUCGAGUGGAUGUUGAACACAUCGCACGGCGCGGAUUACUUCCGUCGCUGGCAUCGGGAUAAGCGGAAUAGCGGGGGUCUGCUCGUGCAUAAGAGCACGCAUCACUUUGAUUUAGUGAAUUUCUGGUUAAGGACUCGACCUGCUACUGUGUAUGCACAGGGUGAUCUCAAGUUUUACGGGAAGGAGAACGCGGAGUUGAGGGGUGUGCCGCCGUCGGCGUUUUAUACGCGUGCGAAUGGGAGUGAGGCGGCGAGGAAAGAUCCCUUUGCGUUGCACCUUGAGGAUCAUCCGCAGUUGAAGGCUAUGUACCUGGAUGCUGAGCAUGAGGAUGCUUAUUACCGGGAUCAGAGCGUGUUUGGGGAUGGUAUCAGUAUCGAAGAUACGAUGAACCUGCUAGUGCGAUAUCGGAAUGGUGCCGUGUUGACGUACUCCUUGACGGCGUACGCGCCGUGGGAGGGAUUCCGAGUAAGCUUCAACGGUACGGGCGGUCGAUUAGAGAUGGAAGUGGUUGAAAACAGUUAUGUUAACUCCGGUGGCGAUCAAGCAGCCGAAGGAUCGCUAGAAAGGCGGACAAUCACCCUUCGGAAAUUGUUUGAAAAGCCACAGGAAAUCGAGAUCGACGAUGGUGUCGGUGCCCAUGGUGGUGGUGAUACCGUACUAUUGAAUGACCUAUUCGGCGAACCCACGACAGACGAGUACAUGCGUGCGGCUAGCCACGUUGAUGGUGCCCUAUCUAUCUUGACGGGAAUUGCCGCAAAUAGGUCCAUUGCCACGGGAAAAGUGGUCAACGUUGACGAUGUACUGAGAAUACCAUGAUAGAAUAAUUCCGGUUGCUCCAUAUUUCAAUUCUCAUAAACAUAUUAUGAUAUAGAUAAUUCAAAGAUUGAUAACCUGAGGGAUAUGAGCAGAAAUCACUCAAUAUCAAGGAUUCGUGAGCACCGAGGCCCUGACAGAUAAACAAGUUAUUAUU